AUGCGUUCAUUUGUGAUAAUUUUUUCAUUGGCCGUAAUUGGUCAUACGGCUGUUUAUGGCCAACAACAUCAACAAAUUGAUCCAGCUUAUUUGCGUCAGUACUACCAACAGCUGCAACAACAAACUGGUGCAGCUCAAUCGGGUGAUGCUACACCCAUCUACGAACAGAAUUCGGAACAGACACAACAACAAUAUGUAUCACCUGGUCAACAAUUGCGUGUCAAGGAUAAUGUACAGGAACAAAUUCGUGCUUCUCAACAACAGCAACAGCAAGGUUAUGUUGCUCCUGUUGUGCGCGAAUAUUUGCAACAUCAGCCUCAACAGAUUCAAUAUCAACCCCAGCAACAGGUAACUUAUCGUCAACCUCAAGCUGCUGCUCCAGCACCCAGAAGACCACAGCCUCAACAAGUGGCUCAGCAAUAUCAGGCACCCAGACCCAAAAGCAAACAACAAUUGGAACAAGAGGAAGAGGAAUACGAUGAUCAAAACUCCUCCUAUCAAUUUGGUUUCGAUGUAAAAGAUGACGAAUUCACCAACUAUCAAAACCGUAAAGAAGUCCGUGAUGGCUCUGUAAUUAAGGGCAGUUACUCGGUUGUCGAUUCGGAUGGUUUCUUACGUACCGUCAAAUAUACCGCUGAUCCCAAAGAAGGUUUCAAGGCUGAAGUCAUUAGAGAGCCCACUGAUAUUGUAGUCAAGAUACCCACACCUCAACCUCAACAUCAUCAACAACAACAACAGCAACAACAACAACAUCUGCUGCGUCCUCAUCAUGCACCAGUUAAAGCCCAAGAAUACAAUUUGAAACAACAAUAUCCCCAUCAACAAUACCAACAUUAGGGAGGAGCAACAUUUCUUUUUUUUUUUGUUAAAACAAAAACAAAUAACUAUGAUCUAAGGAACAUUUCAUUUCUAAGAAGUUCCUAUAACAAAAAAACGAUACAUAAAACAAAUUUCAUUAUUUAUUAGACGUUAAAAGGACGACUCUAUCUAUAACCAAUUUAGAAACGAAAGCAAACAUCAAAUCAUUUGACCAUAAUGUUAUUCCUUUUAUAUAUGUAUAUGUACAAUAAAUACAAAUAAAUAAAAUCACAUAAAAAAAAA